AUUAGGAAUCCUCGGGUGGGCAUCGGAAUAUCGUCGGGUGGCGGGAUGUGGCGGUCCCCCUUCGGUCCGCCAGUUCCAAGCGACUUGGCGUGAUCAGCGAGAUUUCCUUCAAAGUCUAAAAGAACAAAAGCGCAGUGAUGUUCUCCGCCUGACGCAUCUUUAGUUUUUCCUUUAUGCGCACCCAGACCUCGAAACUACCGCGAUGAGCAAUUACGGACCGUAUAAUUACUCCGAGGGCAUGGUUUAAAAGGGUUGGGAUGCCAGGUGGUUCAUAGGAUAUCUGUUUUUUCCACGCGCGUGUUGACAAUGCUCAAACUCUUGGCUCUGUUCGCCCUGGUCUGGCAAUGCUUGUCUGUCCAGGCAUUCAAGAAUCCCAUCAAGUCAUCUGAUGGUUCUGAUCCUUUUAUCGUAUACAGCGACGGAUAUUAUUAUCUUACUACCACGACAUGGACGGAUAUUCAAAUCACUCGGGGCACGUCGAUGCAGGAGUUGAAGGAUGCAACGCCCAAGGUCGUAUGGUCUGAUUCUACGGCGUCCAGGUGCUGCAAUGUCUGGGCCCCUGAAAUUUGGUGGUAUGCCGCCGAAAGUUCCUGGUUCAUCUACUACACGGCCGGUGUCUCUGGUACUUUCGACGACCAAUAUCUCCACGUCCUCAAAGGAUCUUCCACCAGCAUUUGGGACUCUGAGUGGAGCUAUGAAGGCCGGAUCAGCAUUCCCAACAGAGACUACUGGUCCAUCGACGCCACCCUCUUAUUCUACGGCGACGCGACCUACUUGGUGUACUCAGCUUGGGACGGAGAUUAUCAGUGUUUGUUUAUCGCAGAAAUGACAAGCUCCUCCACCGUCGGCAACGCUGUCAAGAUCUCCACGCCCACAUACGACUGGGAAAUGGUUGAUGCCAACGUUAAUGAAGGCCCAGCUGCUCUGUACUAUGGGGGACGCACCUUCCUCACAUACUCUGCCUCGAACUGCGCGGGAACUGGGUACAAACUAGGCAGACUGGAGCUCACGGGCACGAAUCCGCUCAGUGCAUCCUCCUGGACAAAGUACUCUGAGCCUAUCUUCACCAGUGCUAAUGGAAACUACGAGCCUGGUCACAAUGGAUUUUUCACAAGCGAGGAUGGUACGGAAAUUUGGAUGGUUUACCAUGCUUCUUCCACUUCUCCUGGUACUUGUGAUGGUGCUAGGUACACGAUGGUGCAGUCCAUUAGCUGGAACAGCGACGGUACCCCGAACUUGGGCUCUCCCGUCUCUGAAAGCACUUCACUCUCAGAGCCAGCGUAGAAUCAUGCGAAGUAGUGCAGUUAGUAGCCCUCAAAUAAAGAUAAUUCGAGAUGACCGUUGAUGUUACCGC